UCCCGUGACCGCGGCUCUACAGUCUGGCAAUAGCGUACAAACAUGGCUGCCCUCAGCAAGUCUAUUCCGCACAGCUGCUACGAAAUAGGGCAUACAUGGAGCCCGUCGUGUACGCUUUCAUCACUCCAGGUGACAGCCGGAGCUUUGGAGGUGUCCUUUAAAAUAUAUGCACCCUUAUAUCUCAUUGCGGCCAUUCUCAGAAGACGGAAAAAGGAUUACUACUUGAAACGGCUGUUACCGGAGAUUCUCCAGUCCACUUCAUUUCUGACUGCCAAUGGAGGACUUUACAUCGCUUUCUUCUGCAUCUUGCGGAGACUCCUGGGGCGCUUCUACUCGUGGUCGGCAGGUUUCGGGGCAGCGCUGCCGGCCUCUUACCUGGCCAUCCUGAUCGAGCGAAAGAGCAGGAGAGGACUACUAACAAUAUACAUGGCCAACUUGGCGACAGAGACGAUAUUCCGAAUGGGAGUGACGAGAGGAGUCAUUAACCCCAUCAGACACGGAGAGGUGCUGCUCUUCUGUAUGACCGCCUCUCUCUACAUGUUCUUCUUCAGGUGUAAAGAUGGGCUUCAGGGAUUUGCAUUCUCUGCACUCAAGUUCAUUGUGGGAAAGGAAGAGAUCCCGACGCAUUCCUUCCUGGCGGAGCACGUGUACCCCAGGGGACCAGAGAGGGGCGCUGUGGAGCCGGAGCCGCCCCGGGUCAGGCCCAGCUCUGGCAGAACCUCCAUCGCUGCCCUGACGCGACGGCUGCUGGAAUCUGUAUGCAGGCAUGGCCCCAGGCACAGGUGUUGCAAGCACUACGAGGACAACUGCAUCUCUUACUGUGUUAAAGGCUUCAUUAGGAUGUUCAGUGUAGGCUACUUGAUCCAGUGCUGUCUGAAGAUCCCCUCUGCGUUUCGCCACCUCUUCACUAAACCCUCCCGCCUGCUGUCUCUGCUCUACAACAAGGAGAACUUCCAGCUGGGGGCCUUCCUGGGCUCCUUCGUCAGCAUUUACAAGGGAACAAGCUGCAUCCUGCGCUGGCUGCGGAACCUGGACGAUGAGCUCCACGCCCUCAUCGCCGGCUUCCUGGCUGGGCUUUCCAUGUUCUUCUACAAGAGCACUACCAUAUCCAUGUACCUGGCGUCCAAACUGGUGGAGACCAUGUACUUCAAAGGCAUCGAGGCCGGCCGCUUUCCCUACAUCUCCCAGGCGGACACCAUCAUCUACGCCGUGUCCACCGCCAUCUGCUUCCAGGCCGCGGUCAUGGAGGUUCAGAACCUGCGGCCCUCCUACUGGAAGUUCCUCCUGAGACUGACCAAGGGCAGGUUCGCCGUGAUGAACCGGAAGGCUCUGGACGCGUUCGGCACAAACGCUUCGCGGGAUUUCCACGGCUUCAUUCCCAAACUGGACCCCCGCUACACUGUGGUCCAGCCUGACCUGGUGGUGCACCUGGGCUGAGGAGGGUGAGGUGGGGCAAGAUACAGGCAGGGGUAUGUGGAGCAUUUGCCCUCGCAGUCGGGGUUUUUAAAUGUGAAACGGGUAUCUCUGAUUGGUCAGGGAUGGGGCUAUGUGGGGUUUUGAUGUUGGAGUGCUGUGAUUGGGGGAGAGGGGUAUGAGGUAAAUCAAGGUAACGCACAACCUUUCUGUACUUCUGGUAUGUACAGCACAUUUUCCUCAAAAGUUCUUUUAAUCAAUUCAGAGAGAUUAUUUAAAUCUCAGUGUAAUAUGUAAUAAAAGAAGACUAUCUCAACUAAAAAAUAGUGGCACAUAAGUAAAGUUUAUAGUCAGUGCAAGAAACUAAGCUGUGACAUGUUCUCUAUAGUUUCUAGAAAAGUAUAUUUCUUUUCUGUGAAGUAUUUAAUUGAAUUCAGGUCAAACCUUUUUUUCUGAAAACCUUACAUUUAUUUUAUUUUUUCCCUUUGAGAAGAAAAUAACUUGAAGUUUAAAAAGAACUUGGUAAGAACUUUGAGCUGUAAAACGUUUUUCUUCUUAACACACCUUUGUACGAGUGUAUACCAAGAACUGUAUAUUAUGAAUAUAUUCAGUGUAAAUUUAUAUAUAUGUAUCAUUUCAAUAUUCCAAACAAUACAUAUAUAUUGGUAUUUGUAUAUUAAACAAACAUUUUAUUCUAUUGAAGUUCUAUUAAAUUUGAAGUUAAUGUCGAUUACUGAGAUUUUUGUGGUACAUAGUAUACACACAAGGUGACUGAAAAUACGUUUUCAGGAAUGUGUUGCCUCAUUGAAAGAGUGAAAGCGAAUGUGAGAAACCUUCGGCAUCACGUGUUUCUGAGCGCGUGCCUCUCUGCUUUCCCCAAAGGACAGCGCUGCAUUAAGCACUGCAGCACGAGCAGGACUGGCCAUUCCAGAUUUGAGAGAAAAAUGUAUGGCAGUUCAUUCCAAAAACACGAAAACCUCGAACCUUAGGCGUUGUUCAUAGUUAACGCUUUGAACGUUUGUGUAUCAGCUCCCUGCAGAUUUGAAAUGAGCAAGGCAGUAUGAGUAAAUUCCUUUACAUAAGUUUUGUUUUCGAAAUGGUGUUCAGCUACUUCUCAGUAAGGUGUUGUGACAGAAUGUUCCUCUAUGCAGUGUAAUCUAUCUUUCUCAGCCCAUUGACUAGUUUUUUCUGACGUACUGCAUUGCUCAGCAAAAUAUGGUUGCAUCUGAAAUAGUAGAAAUCACAGUAGUUAUUUUCAAGGGUUUUGUGUUCUUUUGCAUGCUGCAAUAUAACAGCCAGACCUGCUUUGUCAACUUAAAAAUAUGCACAUGAUGUUUCAUUUAAAAUAAAUUUAGCAAUGACCACUCAACUCACUAUAUUCCUGUAGCAAUCAAAUGUGUAUACCUUGCAGAUAGUAACAUGUAUCUUUAUAUUUGUGGAAUAAUCAUUCUUUUCUGAACAUUACAAAGAAAAACAUUUGAAAAGAAUAUCAUUUUCAUGCAGUGUGUGUCGCAUAAAACAAAAUGUAUUUGAAGGUCCCCGAUCCCAUCUUCUCACAUUCACAAGCACAGCUGCAACAAAGGGAAUGAUAGCCUUUCUCAGAUGUUGUUAAUGUUGCUCAUCUGUGUAAUAAAUGAAUACUAAAAAUGAAGAAGUCGAUGUGCUACUUCAGUCUGCUGCAGUGUGAUAAAAUAGCGCUUCUGUUAUUAAGAAUAAACUGGGAUGGGUGUAUGUUGUAGUCUAUACUUCAUUCUGUUUUAGAUAUUCAUUUAUAUAAGCAGGCUAUUAAAGAUUUGUCAAAUGCCUCAAACACAAGAAAAUGAUCAAUUUGAGGUAUAUCAUUCACUCGUCCUUAUAAGUCUAUAUGGUAAAUACGUUUUCUAUUCAUAAGCUACCCUGUAAAAGAACAUUAAACCCUUCCAACCAAUGCAAGAAGAGAGAUAUGCUUUCCAUUUAAAAAGUACAUGUUGUAGAUAUUGUAACUUAUUAUACUUGACAGGGUAUUGUAUAGGUCUUUUUACAGCUAGAAACCUUUGUUGCUUUACGGUUGAAUAAAAAUGUGAUGUAUCACAAUU